CAAGGCCGUCGAUCAGUUUUGUCAAAGCAUCUACCGCAGCAAGAUGUCCUACUACCCGCCUCAUCACCCAGGAUACCCAGGAGGUGGAACUCCGCUUCCUCACAAUCCCCACGAGGGCCCCAUUUCACACACCGUUUUCCCACCGGAAAUGAAUCCCAACUAUCCGCAUCGGCCCCUCGGAUCGGGCCCAUACCCACCCGGAAGUCAGUAUCCUCCACCACAUCUGAUGCCGCCUCCGUUUCCGGACGAUCCGAACUACCCGCACUAUCCGCAUAACCCACAUUACCCGCCGCACCAUCCGCAGUACCCACCAGGACAUUAUCCACCCGGGCAUCCGAACUAUCCGGGAGGGCACUAUCCUUACGAUCAGCAAGCAGUGGCUUUCGGUGGACAAACAGCGGCCAAUCAGCAGAGGAAAACCGAGGAGAAGAAGGAAUAGAGGUGGCUUUAAUGGGUGCUUUUAUUAGCAUUUGUGAAAAUUUAGACAGAUUUGUGACUUUUUGUAAGGCUGAUAAAGUGUGCAAAGUACUGUUUCUUAGCUAAUAGAUACCUGUUCGAAAUUGAAUAAAGUGAAAAUGAGAAUCUACGGAGAUCUAAAAUUUGGUGUUGUUAUCAUUAGAAAUGUGUUGUGGUUGCAAAACUAAAAAGAAAUCAGACAUACCAAUUUAAAGAAAAAACAAGACUUCUU